UUCAUAACUUUUGAAAAUUGUUCUUCACUUUUAUCGUUAAAGUAUGAAAAACUUCGAAAUUGUCACCGUUACCCCGGAUCAUGCCGAACAACUCAUUUCAAUGAUUCAUGAGCUCGCGGAGUUUGAAAAAAUGAAGAGCAGCGUGGUGAAUACUGCCGAGAAAUUGAGAAAAGAUAUUGAAAACAAGGCAGUGCAUGGAUUCAUUGCAUUUAUCGGAGAGGAGCCAGCUGGAAUGAACCUUUUUUACUAUGCAUAUUCAACAUGGGUUGGGCAGUAUCUUCACAUGGAAGAUCUCUACAUUCGACCUCAGUUCCGACGAAUGGGACUAGCAAGAACUCUGUGGAAGAAGCUGGCUGAGUUGGCUCGAGACAAAGGAAUUGUUCGUCUCGAAUGGGCAGUUCUCGAUUGGAACAAAAAUGCGAUUGCUCUGUACGACACUGUUGAUUAUGUAAAUUUGACAAAGAGCGAAGGAUGGUUCACUUUUCGAAUGGACGGUGCGGCGAUAAAUAAAUUUGCUGAUGAAUAGAUAUGUUACUUUUAUUGGUAUAGAACUUUUGAAAUGUUCUGCAAUUUAAAUAAAGUUAUUUAUUAU